AUGCCUAUCCGACCAUCUCUAGACCAGAAUAUCGACCAACAAAUCGCAGCAAUUCUCGUCGUUGGUUUCCAUCACGCAUAUGGACCCAUUGUUGAAUUUUGUUUACCGCCAUUACCACAAAGCGAUCACAGUCCUGACAAUUUGGACGAUGCUAAUGGCUUGGGCCAGAACCAGACAUCACUAGAGAAACUAGAACUCCCAGAAGAAUGGAGCUUUUUACCUUUUCUUGCUUUACCAGAUGGAGCUCAUCAAAAGGAUGAGGAUUUUGCCUAUUUUCACCUUCCACCUGUUCCAGGAUGGUCUGUGGCGGAGACUACUUUAUUUGGCAUAUCCUGCAAUAGACAGAUACCAGCAAAGGAUCUUCUUGUUACAACCCCUGAUAUUACAAGAUCCAUUGUUCAAAAGGCAGUAGUUGUUUUAGCACGACAGCCGAUUUUUGGACCUCUGCGACAAAAACUUGCAGUAAUUACGGCCGCUUGGUUCAAUCAAAGAGAUUUUACACAGAUUGGAAUAUUAUAUAAUUUAUACAACAGUUUAAACAAUACCUUUUAUGGCCCAAUUGACGAUUCAACACUGUACAUGGGAACAUCUCUACGUGAACUUUUGCAUAGAUUUAAAGGAAAGACUCUUAUGCUCCUCAAACUAUUGCUACUAGAGAAAAAGAUCCUAUUCUAUGGUUAUCCUGUAGAGAUUCUAUGCACCUUUCAAUAUUCUUUGAUAUCUCUUAUACCAGGGUUAUUACGCUGUCUACAGGAUGCUGGGGCACCCGAUCUCGAUACUGCAGAGAGUACAUUAGAAAUUACAGAAGCACGUGAACUUGCGAAUGGCACCAAAGAAAGCUUAUUACGCUAUAUGGGACUCCCUUUACGUAUUUUUGAAAAAGGUUCAUUCUUUCAACCUUAUUUGCCACUACAGCAAAUUGAAAUGCUUUCAUCCGAGAAAACAAGAUCUUACCUUGUUGGCACGACAAACCAAAUAUUUUUUCGCCAUAAAAAUGAUACCAAUAUUGAUGUACUUGUUAACGUUGAGACCGGAACCAUAGAAUUUUAUAAUCAACAACUGGCAUCUGUUGUGAACCCUACUAUGGCUGAUCGUAGAUGGACAGAGAAGAUUGUCAAGGUGGUCAAUAAUCCAGCAAGACCACUCAAAAAUACGUUUUAUGGAUCGGACGAUUAUUUGAGAGCACGUUUUGAAGAAUAUGUGCUCUCGUUGCUUUCCAGUAUGAAACAUGCACAGGCAUCCAGUAAUUUUUCUGACAAUAGCAGAGGAAUGCAUCAUUCUGACUCUUCAUCUGAAGAGGUUAUGAGAGAUGAUGAUAGAGAACGGAACUAUCUUUCAGACUAUGGAAUGUCGUGGAUAAUGGCAUGGCGAGAAACGAACAACUUUAGAAUUUGGAACAAAUACACAGAUCAUGAAAUAUAUGAGAUUGUAGAGCCUGGGUAA